UGAGCAUAGAUAUUAUAGACUACGUAAUCUAUGGUUUGAGGCGAAUAUAAUGGACGAGAUAAUGGACUACCCCGAACCUGAGCAAGAGCAAAGGCAAGAGCAUGGAGCAAAAGAUAGCACCUUGGUUUAUAAGAGCGAACCUAGAUCUAAUGAUCGACAUACCACCCUUUCUUUACCAAGUGAAAAUGGUUCAGGCUGUUACAAGGACGUAGUGAAUUCAGAGAAAGCGCAUCUUCUGCCACAGAGUACCAGGUCUAAAGGUAAUAUCCAGGAACAAAAUGAGGAGCUGGAUGAAAGAGAUAGUCAGGCUAGUCAUGCUAUUGAAGGAGAUAGUCAGGCUAGUAAAGGAAAGAGGCUCGUAACAGCACUCCAACAAUGCUGCAAAAAAAUGUGCUGUCCUUUCAGAGUAAAACAAGCUGUUUUGAUUAUUGCAUUAUUCAUCAUGAUGACUGCUUUACCAUUGUUAGUGACUGAUCUUGUCAUGAUAGGAGCCAAAUAUGGUCACAAUAAGGAUUUAGUUGUCAGAAAUGAUUAUGUUCUUCUUGAAGCAAAUUCCAGUGGUCUAUAUUCAUCUAUGAUAACUUUCAACAAUACAAAUUUCACAAGUGAUUAUAUUCAGCCAAACAUGAUUACUUAUAUUUACCAAGUUUCAUGCUACGAGGUCCAUAAACUGUAUGAAUCACAAAUUGAACGCCAAUCCUUAAAAGUAGCAUUCAAUGCAUGUGGAAUCUACAUCAAUAAGUGUGUUCUGGAUGAAUAUUGGUAUUGCUCAAAAAGUAAAGCUGCUUUGAUGUUCUAUGCAUUCAAUUUUACAUCUAUAAAUCGAAAAGAGGAACUUAAAAUCAUAGUUUUUGAUGAUGUAGUGAAGUAUAAAAGCUAUUUAUCUGGGGAAAGAAGCCUUGAAGGAGCUCUUUAUACGAGGGAUGUGCCAACUGAUAAAAGCUAUUGGGAGUUUGAUUUCACUUCAGCUCGAAUGAGAAAGGAAGCAUCAUAUUAUUUCUUUGUUAUUGCUGACCUUAAAGGUGGAACAGAACCAUUCUUGGUCACGAAAAAUGAAAUAAGGACAUAUUUUAAUGUAAGCAAGUUGCUACCAAAUUGCAAAGUUAAGAACAAUGAGUCUUGUUCCAGUAAUAUUGGACUCAUUACACAUGACUCAUGCUUCCUGGCACAAGCUCAAGGUGAAUAUAAUGCAUCGUCUUAUGGUUCAAAGGAUAUGGUUUACGUCAGCUAUAAACUUGAAUAUCUCUCAUGGUCUAUUUUAUUCAUUGCCUCGAUCUCAUUAUGUGGGACACCAAUCAUUACUUUUAUUGGUUUACGCAUACUUAAAAGUAUUUGCUGCCCACAAUAAGUAUAGUAGAUAUAGUAAACUAUUAUAGUACAGCUAUGGUGUUGUCAGUGCUGUUAGAAUAAUUUUUGAUAUAUGUUUAGCAUACUUUUAGUAUUUUAAUGAUUUUUAUUGAUAUGAAAUGAAUUUAGUAUUUUAUUAUUAUUUCCUAUGUUUUGUCACAUGGGUAAUGAA